AUGUCAGAAAAGACAAAUUUGUCUGACAAAAUUCGGGUGUUUUCUCGGGCGUCAACAGCGUCCCGGCCCACCAGGAGGGCUCGACGGCAAGUCGCCAGUGGAACAAGCGACAGCAGCACGCCCCAGCGAAAAUUGGUCAAGCGUAUCGACGUGGACCAUGAUAUGCUGGCAGAGGGACGGGCUUGGGUACGAGAGAAGCGCCGGGAGCUGGGGCGCCAGACGUUGACAGUGGAGGUUUUGGAUGUGGUAUCGACCCACUUGUACCUGCGGCACCAAGCAUGGUUGACCGCCCAAGAGACUGACACGCCUUCCAAGCAUAAUUUCGCCCACGAAGUUGCUGCUUUGCUUGGGCGCAACAGUAAUCUCUGUAGCUCUGCGUGGAAAGCCUUUGCUGACGAUCGCGAGCUCCACCUUCCACCCGCGUCGGCGGGACCGCGCGGUUUCAAGCCUCAGCGUAUUCGUCGGACAAAGGCGCUGCGGGUUGCGAUUCGCAACUUUCUGUACUACAGUGAGGCCCGGGGCGAGCGUGUGGUUGUUGAUGAUCUGACCCGCUACCUUUGUCAAACUGACCACUUUCCUGCGCACAUGUGCGAGGUCAGUGGGAAAGAGCGUCUGGCGGUCCGACGAUGCGUCCAACGCCUUGUCAAUGAUUUGGGAUUGCGCCAUGGUCCACGUCGUGGCAUCAAGUAUCGUGAGAAGGGGCAUCGCAUCGCCUUGCGGAACAAGUAUAUUCAAACCAUGCUUCAAAGUCGCGAUGGACACCGCAUCGUCUACGUGGACGAGAGUUAUAUUCUGCAUCACCAUUCUGACCCAGAGGAGGCACAGCAAGCGACCCACGGGCAGCACACGGGCCAGCGCAUUUGUUUUAUUGGUGCAAUCAUCGGAGCCGACCCGACUGUUCCUGAAGCCCAACGGCUCGAGCAGCAUCACGCACAACUUCUCGAGAACACGGUUGACAUCUUUGCUGCCGAGCAGAACGCUGGAACCCACGACUAUCAUAAAUCAUUCACCGCAGAAUACUUUGCAGGUUGGAUGGACAAAUUAAUAGCGGAGUUGGCACGGUUAAACGUGAAGAAUGCCAUUAUUGUGAUGGAUGGCGCCAAGUAUCACAAAAGUCUGCCGCCGACCGCCCCGCAACGAUCUCAACACAAAGUUGACUUGAUUGCCGCCUGUCGCCAAGUGGGCAUGGACGUUGAUAGCAAUCUAUAUAAGAAGGAAAUUUGGGCUCAGGCCCGGGCUUGGAUUCGAGCCAAUAUGCGGCCAGAGACCGUGACAAAGGCUGCGGCGGCUGGCCAUGAGGUUCUCUUUUUACCGCGACACUACUCCGACCUGCAACCGAUCGAAUCGGUCUGGUCUCACAUCAAGGGGCAAGUGGGUCACCGCAGCAAGCACACCUUUGCCCAGGUCAAGACUGCACUUGAGGAGGCCUUUCAGAAUCUGAGCCACGAGAAAGUGGCUGACUGCAUUGACCAUUCAUGGAUGACCCUUUGCAAUCUUGCUGCGGUACUCGAACGACUCCAGGCUAGAGCCACUGAUAGUGAGAGUGACUCUGACAGCGACAGCGAUAGUCAGUCGGAUGGUCAAUUGGAACACGACGAGUAGCUGCUGCCUUCCAUCAGGAUGGCCCGGAUGGAGGAAGACCACGCAAGACAAGCACGGGGGGUUUGGGGUUGCAAAUGCUUUUUCAAGACAUGAAUUGAAGGACAAAAUAAAGCG